AUGGCUAUCGCCCCAUCAGCGGGAAUUCUGUGCAUAGGCUUGUUGAAACGUGCUCGACGGAAGAAAGAAAUAUCAAGGAAGCAGGCGGUGAAGGACUUGGAGCUAACCGGGAUUCUCAAACAUUAUAAUGCUAAUUUAAAACUUCUCGAACCAUCUCACAUCUCUCUCUCUCUCUCUCUCUCUCUCUACAUCUCCGAGUUGACUCGCCGGAGCACGGCCGCGCCAUGGGAGUCCCCGCCUUCUAUCGGUGGCUCGCCGAUCGGUACCCAAGCUCAAUCGCCGACGUCGUCGAGGAUCAUCCAUCCGUGCUUUCACCCCGACGGCAGGGGUGCUAUCAAUUUACUGGUGAUGGUUUAUAGGAGGGGGUUUACUGCCAUGGGAGGUUACCUUACUGAAGCAGGCGAGGUCAUGUUAGACAGAGUAGAACAUUUUAUCCACUCUGUUGCUGUCUACGAAUAUCAAAAUUUUCAGAAGCAGGCUCGCAUACAGCAGGCAUUGGAGAAUAAUGAAGAAAUGAGAUCUAGAUCAAGAAGAGUCAUCAGAAGAAUUACAAAGUCCAGUUGUUGACAAGGUUUUGAAAUACGUCAAAGGUUUACGUUGGGUCUGUUGGUAUUAUUACCAAGGUGUUCGAUCCUGGCAACGGUGAGUUUUACCAUUAAGGUCUGCAAGAAACAAUACUAAUCCAUCUUGACGUGCCUUUUAAUAGCAAUUAUCCGAUUCCAUUGCCUAGAAUGUGCUUAUAAACUGUGUGUAUUGGACGGUACUUUGAAGACCUCCUACUGGGAUAUUUAGCAAAGAUCUUGUUAUUUUGUUUAGUCAGAUGAAUCCUGCAUGCUUCAUUUUCUGGGUAGCUUUACUCGAAAUGUAUUGAAUAACCAUACUAUGAUUUCCCUACUGUCAGUGCUACUGUUAAGUUGCAAUUUGGUUUUCAUGCUACACUAGUUUUUAUUAGCCUAUUUUUUAUAUCUGAAUUAUUGAAA